GGUCCUAUACCUGUACAAAUAAACUUGAACCACCUUUUUAAGUGGUAAACAGCAGGAAUAAUAAUAUAACAAACGGGGUACAAAGUAAAUACAAAGUAUGUGCAAAAGGAUGGAGGUCCCUGACCAGUUGAGCUUACGCUCCCCCCCCCCCCUCCUCCUCCUGUUGUCAAAGCUCCUUUCAUAUUUCCUGAUUCCUGUUGUCCAUUAAAUAUAAGUUGUCAGAUGUUUUUAUCUCCAUGACUUGGCAGCUAUUCCCUUAUCUGCUCUGUAGAUAGAACAGGUUAAAUGUUAAUUUUAUGGCCUCCAUUGAUAUAAAUGGCUCCAGCUGUACCCGUCUCCACACUGACUUGGUGUCGCUAUGGGGCAAGCCUGGAACUGGGCUCUCCUUAUCCUUCUCUAUAUAUUGGGCCAGGGAACCUGCUGGCAGCCUGAUAGGGACUUCAUUGCCAUCGCCGGGCCCUUACCAAGUGCUUUAGUGGGGGGGUUCAACACUGAGUGCCAUGAUUCUUAUCUUCGUCAACUGAAAAAUCAGCUGUCUGUUCUGCGCAAACAUGGAGCCACCCAUUAUAAAGUAAACCUGCCGGGGGCUGCUGGGCUCCAGAACCUUCAGCAGCCAGAACCUGUACGGUGCUACCGGAACCUUCUACAGCUCCUUGUUUCUUUGGAUCUCAAACCAGUGGGGAUAUUGGAAGGAGGACAUGGCAGCCAUUGGCUACUCCCUGGCAGCAGUGGCAUCUCCGACCAGUAUGUGGCCAACGCAGACUCUGCCUUUAGCCUGUUUGGGGAUUUGGUUCAUACAUGGAUAACAUUCCAUAUCCCGGGGGGAUAUACAGAAAAGGCACCUCCGGCUGCCCUACAGGCUCUGCUUCAGGCACAUGAGGAAAUAUACACCUUGUACCACCGCAAGUACAAUUCCAACGGAGGAACAGUGUCCAUUGCCCUGGAGCCCCCCCUGCUGGAGAAAUGUCUGUCCCUUCAGCCUCAUCUCCUGGAAUCUGUUGAUUUUGUUGCCUUGAACAUAGAUUAUGUCUGCCAGGACGGGAACCAACUGGAAGAGACCCUGGGAGAACAGACUGUCUGGAAGGAUCGUGAAAUCUUGGUGUUCAGUUUGAAGCUGACCAAUUGCAUUUCUGCACAAGGAAAUAAAUAUCUCCCUGCCUAUAAAUUAUCAGCGGAGUUUACAAACUAUGGGGCUGUGUUCAUGGGCUACGACAUCAGUGAAUUUUUAGACGACUCCCCCAUUUCCAAAGAAAGGUCUGCAGAAUCCACAGAGCGGUCGCUCUCUCCUCGCUCAUACGCUACUGUCUGGAAUAAAUUCGCUAACCAGGCCCCGGGCGAGAGGGACUCCUUCCUGCAGGACGUGUUUCCCAGUGGGUUCCAAUGGGGCGCAGCUACAGCCGCUUACAGAGUGGAAGGGGGCUGGGCAGAAGAGGGCAAAGGAGAAACCAUAUGGGACAAGUUUGGGCACGAAGACUUGGCGGCACAGAAAGCGACCGCCGACGUGGCCUCUGACAGCUACCAUAAAAUCGACUAUGAUGUCUAUCUGCUUAGGGGUCUGCAGCCCAACCUGUACAAGUUCUCCAUCUCUUGGGCCAGGAUAUUCCCCAAUGGGUUCAAAUCCAAGGAGAACCCCAAGGGAGUGAAAUACUACAAUAAACUGAUAAACAGCCUGAGAGAGGCCCACAUUGAGCCCAUAGUUACCCUGUUCCACUGGGAUUUGCCCCAAGCCCUGCAGGACCUCGGGGGCUGGCAGAACCAGAGCAUUGUCGAUGCCUUUGGCGAAUACGCCGAUUUCUGUUUCAACAGUUUUGGCGACCGUGUCAAAGUCUGGAUAACGUUUGAUGAGCCAUGGGUUAUCAGCUAUGCUGGGUAUGGCACAGGGCAACACCCGCCAGGGAUUAAGAACCCGGGAGAUGCCUCCUACAAGGUGGCGCACAACAUCAUUAAAGCACACGCAAAGGCCUGGCACGUGUACAACGAUAAAUACAGGGCCCAGCAGCAGGGUAAGGUGGGUAUCUCUCUCAACUCAGACUGGGCAGAGCCAAUGAGCCCCUCAGACCCAGCUGAUGUGGAGGCGGCUGAGCGCUACCUUCAGUUCAUGCUGGGUUUGUUUGCCCACCCAAUACUGGUCGAUGGAGACUACCCUGCCAUGCUUAAAUCUCAAAUACAACUAAAGCAGCAGCAGUGCCCUGGCAUAGUUUCUCCGCUGCCCGCCUUCUCCGAGUCUGAGAAAUCCAGUAUCCGAGGGACGGCAGACUUUCUGGGCAUUUCCCAUUACACCUCCAGGCUGGUCAAUGCGUCUGUUAGUACCAGCUGUGCCGCAGAUUAUAACAACAUUGGGGGCUUUGUGCCAGAUGUGGACCCUUCGUGGCCUGGGACCUCCUCUCCGUGGAUCUCAGUAGUACCUUGGGGUAUCAGGAGACUUCUGAACUAUGUGAAAGAGGCGUAUGUGACUGGGGGUCUGCCAAUAUACAUCACGGGGAAUGGGAUGCCUACAGCACAUGAUGUAGAGUUGUACAACGACACAACCAGAAUGGAUUAUAUACAGACCUACAUCAAUGAGGUUCUGAAAGCUAUCAAGAAUGAUACAGUACCUGUAAGUUCUUACAUAGUCCGGUCCCUCCUGGAUGGCUUUGAGGGUCCCCAUGGUUACACCCAGAGGUUUGGGUUACACUAUGUAGAGUUUACAGAUGCCAACAGACAGAGGACCCCCAAGGAAUCUGCCUAUCUAUUCGCUAACAUCAUUGAAAGUAAUGGAUUCCCAAAGACACAAAAAGCCCCAAAAGUAGCUGCAGCUUCAAGCUGGUCACAGGCCAAAAAGUUACCCCCUUUGCCCCCUUCUGAAGUUCCAUCAAGGGCAAAGGUUGUAUGGGAAAAGUUUUCAGGGCAAACGGCCUUUGAAAGAGAUAUGUAUUAUCGCGGUGCAUUUCCUGAUGAUUUUCACUGGGGGGUUUCAACUUCGGCGUAUCAGGUAGAAGGAGGCUGGGAUGCCGAUGGGAAAGGGCCAAGCACCUGGGACACAUUCACACAUACUCCUGGGAAUAUUGCCAAUAAUGAGACUGGAGACAUUGCCUGUGACAGCUAUAACCAGGUGGAUGCUGACCUGUACAUGCUGAAGUCCUUGGGAGUGACAAGCUAUAGGUUCUCCCUCUCCUGGUCUCGGAUCUUCCCAACUGGAACCAGCACCCCCAAUAGCAAAGGUGUUGAGUACUACAACCAGCUUAUCAACAAGCUUCUGGCAAACAACAUUUCUCCAUUGGUAACACUUUACCACUUUGACCUUCCCCAAGCUCUCCAGGACAUAGGUGGUUGGGAGAAUGAGAGGGUGCUCGACGCAUUUCACAGCUAUGCCGACUAUUGUUUCAAGAUCUUCGGAGAUCGGGUCAAGUUUUGGAUGACUUUUAAUCAACCCCACAGCAUUGUGACAGCUGGGUAUGGCCUGGGGGUCUUUCCACCUGAAGUGAAAGAUGACCCUGGCUCUGCUCCUUAUAGGGUUGCCCAUAAUCUUUUAAAAGUCCAUGCCAGGGUUUACCAUACCUACGACCAACAGUAUAGGGCAAGCCAAGGAGGUGUGAUCUCUCUAAGUCUCAACACGGAAUGGGCAGAGCCCAAAGAUCACAACGAUCCAAGGGAUGUGGAAGCCGCUGACCGAUACCUACAGUUCACACUAGGGUGGUUUGCCCACCCCAUCUUCAAAACGGGGGACUACCCAGAUGCCAUGAAAUGGCAAGUGGCGAAUAAAAGUGAAUUACAGAAACUGAAAUCCUCCAGGCUGCCAAGCUUCACCGAUAAUGAAAAAGCCUACAUCCAAGGCACUGCUGAUGUCUUCUGCAUCAACAUCUACACCUCUAAAAUAGUCCAGCACAAAACAAUCAAGCUGAACCCUCCAUCCUUUGAAGGAGACAGAGAUACACAGGAAUCAUUUAACUCAAACUGGCCAACAACUGGGGUUUCAGAGCACAGAGAGGUGCCCUGGGGGCUUAGGAGGCUUCUUAACUGGGUCAAGGAGGAAUAUGAGAAUGUGCCCAUUUAUAUUACUGAGAAUGGCGUUACCAUAAGCACUGCCACUGAGUUCGAUGACAACAACCGCAUCUUCUACUACAAAACCUACAUUGAUGAAGCACUGAAAGCAAUCAAACUUGAUGGGGUGAAUUUGAAAGGUUACACGGCCUGGUCCCUCAUGGACACCUUUGAAUGGAAUUUCGGCUAUAGCCCGCGGUUCGGCCUGCACCACGUGGACUUCACAAAUCCCAGCCGCCCAAGGACCCCCAAACAUUCCGCCAUCUACUAUGCAGAAAUCAUACGGAACAAGGGCAUGCCCCUUAGCAAGGAGGACGAGUUCCUUUAUGGGGAGUUCCCAAAAGAUUUUGCAUGGAGUGUGGCAUCUGCUUCCUACCAGAUUGAAGGUGCCUGGAGAGCCGAUGGCAAAGGCCUGAGUAUCUGGGACCAGUAUGCCCACACCCCACUGAGAAUCGGGAACGAUGACAAUGGGGAUGUCGCCUGUGACAGCUACAACAGAAUCGAGCAAGAUGUGGUUGCUCUGAAGAACCUCAAGGUCUCUCACUAUCGAUUUUCCAUUUCUUGGCCACGGGUUCUGCCAGACGGGACUCUGAACUUUGUCAACGAGGCUGGGCUAAACUAUUACAUUCGUCUGAUCGAUGCUUUACUGGCAGCCAAUAUACAGCCACAGGUGACAAUCUAUCACUGGGAUCUGCCCCAAGCAUUACAAAACGUCGGAGGUUGGGAGAAUGAUACCAUCGUGGAAAGGUUUAAAGACUACGCCGACCUGCUUUUCCAGAGACUGGGGGACAAGGUGAAGUUCUGGAUAACUAUCAAUGAGCCGUACAUCGUAGCCAACCUGGGACACGGAUAUGGCACAGCGGCACCAGGAAUCUCUUCAAGGCCUGGCAGAGCCCCGUACAUAGUGGGCCAUAACCUGAUCAAGUCUCACGCUGAAGCAUGGCACCUGUACAAUGACAAAUACCGAGCCAGCCAAGGUGGGCUGAUCUCUAUCACCAUCAAUUCUGAUUGGGCAGAGCCAAGAAACCCUUAUAAGCAGGAGGAUGUGGAGGCAGCAAGAAGAUAUGUGAUGUUUUAUGGCGGUUGGUUUGCAAAUCCCAUUUUCAAUAAUGGAGACUACAACGAGGUCAUGAAAUCCAGGGUUCGGGAACGAAGUCUCGCGUCUGGGCUGACGCAAUCUCGGCUCCCAGAAUUCACAGAGAGUGAGAAGCAGAGGAUUAAAGGGACCUUUGACUACUUUGGGUUUAACCAUUACACCACCAUUCUGGCAUCGCCCCUCAAUUUGCCAAUCUCCCAGCAGACAUACGAUGCUGACAGGGGAGUAGCUUCAACAAUUGAUCACAGCUGGCUGGGCUCUGGCUCCUUCUGGCUAAAAGUCACCCCGUUUGGCUUUAGAAGAAUACUGAACUGGAUUAAAGAAGAGUACAACAACCCCCCUAUUAUAGUAACAGAAAACGGUAUUUCCGAGCGCGGCACCAACCUGAAAGAUGUCUGGAGGGAACAUUACUACAAAGAAUAUAUCAAUGAGGCGCUGAAAGCUAUCAAGUAUGAUGGGGUGGACCUGCGUGGGUACACAGCCUGGUCCCUGAUGGAUAACUUUGAGUGGGCCACGGGAUUUGCCGAACGCUUUGGCUUGCAUUACACCAACUACUCGGAUCCUGAAUUGGCACGCAUCCCUAAAGAGUCGGCAAAGUACUACAGAUCUAUCAUUCGGUGCAAUGGCUUCCCUGACCCAAGUAAUGGCACCCCUCCUUGUCUGGAGCCCGAGGCAGAAGGCACAACCGCUCCUACGCCCACCCUCACCCACAGCACGCCCACCCUCACCCACAGCACGCCCACCCUCACCCACAGCACGCCCACCCUCACCCACAGCACGCCCACCCUCACCAAACCACCUUCCGGUGAAAUUCAAGAUACGGCCGUUUCCUUCCUUGGGCUGGAGAUUUCACCCUCAGAUGCCCAGACUGCCCUCUACGUGGAAUUUGGCAUUCUGAUUGCAGCGGUUUUAGGAAUCAUCUUGUUUUCCAUUUUCUACAGCAAAUUAGCAAAGAAAGCAAUGAAAGUGAGCAGCUUUUAAGUGAUCGUAUGAUGCCAAAGUGUAUGGACGCCAUGAUUCCAGGGUUGCCCCCGGGUGCAUAAUACCAAGGAAAUGUGCUGUUUUGCUUUAGAAACCAGAAUAAAGCUUUAUUGGGCAGAGACCAUUCCGACUCCCUGCAGUGAGUGCCACUUCCCACGCCCAACCCCCCAGGGCUCAGUGGUGCCACGUACCUGGUAACAAUGUGUAAGUAGACAGAACCCCAGUAUACAGACUAGGCUUUGCAGGCCCAUUGGGUAAUUACUGUACUGAUCAGCCACUUAGCCCUGGUCAUCUAAUUAAGUGCCAUAUUUUCCAUUCUGAGCAGAAAUCACUGUACGGCAAUGCUGUAAAUAUCUCCAGUAUCUAAGCCUUUCAGCUUGAAAUGUGGGUUUUUGUUCAAUAAAGAUCCCCAAAUUUUCCUGUUUA